AUGGACGCGGAGUGCGGGGAGGAGGAGGAGGGAAGCGAUGGCGACGCGCGCGAGGAGGACCAGGGGAAUAAGACGAACGCGAGGAAGCGAGGGCGGAAACCGAAGGCGGCGAACGAGGAGGGCGCGCGCGGAGACGCGGACGCGGAGGCGAGCCUGCCGAAACGGACCGAGGUGACCAUCACGGGGAACGCGCGAACGAAGGCGGAGUUGAUCGGGAUGAAGGGCGUAGUGAAGAAAUCGUUGCCGUCGGGUGGGUGGCAUCGGUUGGUGUUGGAAAAUGGGCGCGAAGUGCGCGUGCGAAGAAGCGCGUUGACGGCGUCGGAGACGGGGCGCGGAGACGAGGAGGGCGAACAGGGCGAAGACGACGACGACGAGGACGACGAGGAUGAGGACGACGGCGACGAUAAAGACAACAUGGCGACUAGAGCUCGACGACCGACGCGCGUUCCUGGAAACGGACCUCCGAGCCAGGCGGCGGCGGCGGCGAUGAAGCGCCUGCAAGAACGUCGCCGAAGCGCGCGUCCGAACUGUCAAUCGAACUUCGAGCGUCUGACGCUUUCAACUUUACAAAAGUACAAGAAAGCGUACGAAAUGGAAGCCAACCCGGAGACGGACGGCGAUAAGAAUGCGCUCGUGCACGAGGUCGGCAAGCACUUCAUGCAGCAAAAGCUCGACGAACAAAAAGUGUUGCAAGCGUUCAUGUGCGCCGUGGCGGACACGACGCAGAUUGGAUAA